CUCCAUGUCUACCCCAUAAGAGGGCAUUUUCGUCAAGACAAUUUUUUUUCUUCUUUUCCUCAUAAUUUUCAUUAAUCAAUGAUAAUCAAAAUCAAAGCUCUUCUCUGAUCAGAAAUUUUGUGGGACCUCAAUUGUUUGUGUCACAUUGUUGCUUUCAUCCUUCUUCAUUGUCAAGGUUUUACCUCAAUGGGGUGAAUGAAUGUAUGUGUAUGAUUUCUACCAAAGAGAAAAAUGUUGCAAAGGGCAGCAAGCAAUGCAUAUUCAUGGUGGUGGGCUAGCCACAUUAGAACAAAGCAGUCAAAAUGGCUGGAAGAAAGCCUCCAAGAUAUGGAGGAUAAAGUGGCUGAUACCCUUCAAAUUCUGUGUGAUGAUGGGGACUCAUUUGCCAAGAGGGCUGAAAUGUAUUAUCAGAAGAGACCAGAGCUUGUAAAUUUUGUGGAAGAAGCUUUCAGAGCAUACAGAGCCUUGGCAGAGAGAUAUGAUCAUUUAUCAAAGGAACUCCAAAGCGCCAAUCGCACUAUCGCGAGCGUCUUCCCCGACCAAGUUCCAUGCCAAAUUGAUGAUUAUGAUUAUGAUGAAGAAAGUGACACAGGAACAAAUGCAUCAUCAUCUCCAGACCCCAACCAUCAAGCAAGAAAAUCAGUGAUUCCUAAAGUUCCCAAGAUGCCACAGAAGGAGUUUAGAAAUCCAUCCAUGUUGCUCUCUAGAAAGGGACCUCCUAAAAGGAUUCCUAGUUCAUCAAAACAUUUUCUGAAAUCUCCAAGUUCAGGUCUCACCAAGGAUGCUGCGGUAGGCGAAAUCGACAAGCUUCAGAAGGAAAUUUUGGCACUGCAGACUGAGAAGGAGUUUGUGAGGAGUGUGUACGAACGUGCCUACGAAAAGUACUGGGAAAUUGAAGACCAGAUCACAGAAAUGCAGAAAAAUGUUUGCGGCUUGCAAGACGAGUAUGGUGUUGGCACAGUCAUAGAUGAUAACGAUGCGCGAACCUUAAUGGCAGCCACAGCUUUAAAAUCAUGCAAAGAGACCUUGAACAAGCUGCAAGAGAUACAAGCACAGUCAUCCGUAGAAGCUAAGGUGGAGUAUGAGAGGGUUAAGAAGGCUCAUGAGAUGUUUGAAAAUCUUAGAGACCAAUUCAUUUCUAAAUAUGUGAAUCAACAAGAGCAAGAUGGUGUGGAAAAUUCUGAUGAGAGCUCAAGCAUUGAACAAAAGGGAAUAGAUGUUAAGAUGGCUAAUUUGGAGCCAGAGGAGCAUGAUAUAGGCCUUUUGCGCGAAAAGAUUAAAAAGAAGUUGGAGGAAGAUUCGGGUAACACGCUCACGGUGUCUGAAAUGGCUGAAUGCAUUGAUGAGCUUGUGAGCAAGGUUGUUAACUUGGAAACUGCUAUGUCUUCUCAGACUGGUAUGGUAAUCAGGUUGAGAUCAGAAACAGAUGAACUUCAUACAAACAUAAAAAAAUUGGAAGAGGACAAGGAAAUGCUCAUAGAAGGUUCAGAAGUUACUAACAAGAAGCUAAAAGAAUUGGAGGAGGAGUUGAAAAGAGUUAAGAUUCUCAACCAAAGUGUCAGAACACAAGACAACAACCUCCUAACACAUUUCACUGAAGCUAGCUACAAUCUUGAGCACCUUUCUGGGAAGUUGAGUGACAUGAAGCCAGAUGUGGAUGAUGAGAAUUUGGUACUUUACAAGAAGAAGAAAAGUGCUCCUAAACCGCGAAGGAAAUCUGAAAUACAAGGUGAUAAAUUGUCUUUUGAUGAUUCAGAAACCAUGAAGGAUAAGACAAUGCAGGAAGAUGAUGGUGGUAAAAAUGUGGAUGAUAACAAGUCCAUUUUGACUCAGAAGCUGGUUCAACAGGACAAGGAUGAUGUAUCUGACACAAUGAGCAAUCUUGACAUGGAAUCACAGGAUUUAGAAGAUGGUGAGGAAAAUCAACCCAACUGGAGGCAGAUGUUUAUAAGUGGACUAGAUGACAGAGAAAAGAUUCUGCUGGAUGAGUACACAUCAGUUUUGAUGAACUAUAAAGAUGUAAGGAUGAAACUCAACGAUGUCGAAAAGAAAAAUCGGGACAGCAUUUUUGAGUUAACACUUCAGCUAAGAGAACUGAAGAAUGCUCUUUUCUCAAAGGACAAAGAGAUACACUUUUUACAUCAGAAGCUGAGCUCUCCAUACAUGAAUCCUGAUGAAAGUCCUUACACCAUGACCACAGAAUACAAAUACACACCACACGAAGCGCUUCUCCGAAAAGAAGCUCAAGGAUCAAACAUGCAGGACACAGAAAUUUCAUCUCUAAAUUUAGAUGCAAAUGCAAUGAUCAACACCCCUUUUGCAGAAAAAAACAUUGAAACUGAAAGCACAAGAAAUGUUGACAUACCAAGCUUAAACAAGAGCCUGGAGAAGCUGAUGAAAGACCAGGACAAGCGUGAAGACCUCUCAAACAUGGAAAAGAAGUUCCGUUCCGACAUCGACGACCUCCUUGAAGAGAAUCUAGAGUUCUGGUUGAGGUUCAGCACCUCAGUUCAUCAGAUUCAGAAGUUCCAAAACUCCAUCCAGGACUUAAAACAAGAGCUGAAGGCAAUAAAGGAGAAAAAUGGGCCAGAAGGGCAUUCACAUUCAAGACACCAAACUGUACAAUCUCAACUCAGGCCAAUUUUCAGACACUUAAGAGAAAUCAGAACUGAGUUAUCACUUUGGCUUGAACACAAUUCAGUGUUGCGGCAUGAACUUCAAGGUAGGUACUCAUCCUUGUGCAACAUCCAAGAUGAAAUUGCAAGGGCAGGGAACACAGAAUCUGGUGAUGAGAAAGAAGAGAUAAUAAGUGGAUACCAAGCUGCAAAGUUUCAAGGAGAGAUUCUCAACAUGAAACAAGAGAACAGCAAGGUUGCAAGUGAAUUGCAAGCAGGUUUAAGCCUUGUGAGGGGGAUGAAAGAUGAUGUUGAGAACACACUAGAUGAGCUAGAUCAAGCAAUUGGGAUUAGUAGUAACAAUCAUGGUAGCACAAAAAACCCAUCAAGAGGUGGUAGAAUACCCUUGAGGUCUUUCUUGUUUGGAGUCAAGUUGAAGAGGCAAAGGCACCAAUCACUAUUUGCUUGUGUCAAUCCAGCAUUGAAUAGACAAGACAGUGUUAAUGAUCAAGGAGAGGGGAAUAAUGCCCCAAUAUAGAGCAACUUCUUCCACUUCCUUUCUGUGAAGUGCUUGAAAACUCUCAAUUAUGUUUGUAAUAGUAUGAUUCUGACAAUGUAUAGAACUUGAAAGUUACUAUGCUGUUUUAGUUUCAAGAUUUGCGUUGCUUCUAAUUGCAAAACUGAGCCAAAUGCUCUGGCAUAUACAAUUCUUUC